AAUACCUGCCUCUGUUUUCCUCUGUUUCUAAUUUCUGUCUCAUCAAAACUUAUUCUUUACCCUUUCUUAUUUUUUCAUAUUAAUUAUAUUUCUUUUUCUGUUCAUACUGCCCUGGCUUCCGACUUUUCUGGUGAUUCUUUAUGAGCUCUCAUUGUUUCUAGAGUUUAAUGGUCUCAAUUUUCUCAAUCUGACUAUCAUCAUCAUCUGUUGGGAGAAGUAAGUUUUGUGACAAAACUUUGGUAUGUGAAUAAGAAUAGUAUAAUCAGAACUCAUGAUAAGGCUUGAAAAUGGGGUCCGUACAUAUGGAAAAGAAAUGGUUGUUUCCUCUAGCUAUAAGUUCUGUGGUAGCCAUAGUAGUCUUGGCCACUACCUUGAACAUGGGUCUUGUCUCUACGUUACCUUCAAUCAAUACGAUUCUUUCAAUCUUUCCAUCUCGAUUAACCUCUAAUGAAACAAGUCCGGUUUUCGCAGAGUCAAAGCUUAACCAAUAUCCUCCCCCUCCUACUAUUGUAACCCCUAGAUUUGCCUAUCUAAUUUCUGGCUCCAAAGGUGAUUUAGAAAAGCUUUGGAGAACUCUUAAGGCUAGUUACCAUCCUUUGAACCAAUAUGUUCUUCAUUUGGACCUUGAGGCUCCGGCUGAUGAGAGGCUGCAGCUCGCUUCAAGGGUCCAGAAUGAGACCCUUUUUGCUGAAAUUGGUAAUGUUCAUGUGGUUACCAAAGCUAAUAUGGUAACUUAUAGAGGACCUACUAUGGUAGCUAACACACUUCAUGCAUGUGCUAUUCUUCUCAAGAGGAGUAAAGAUUGGGAUUGGUUUAUCAAUCUUAGUGCUUCAGAUUACCCCCUUGUGACUCAAGAUGACCUUCUUUCCACUUUUUCAAAUUUGGAUCGAAAUCUGAAUUUCAUUGAGCAUACAAGCCAGCUUGGUUGGAAGGAGGAUAAACGAGCAAUGCCUUUGAUCAUAGAUCCUGGUCUCUAUCUGUCAACCAAAAAAGAUAUAUUUUGGGUUGCCCCAAGGCGGGCAUUGCCAUCAGCAUUUAAACUAUUUACUGGUUCAGCAUGGAUGGUCCUAUCCCGUUCGUUUGUGGAGUAUUGUAUUUGGGGUUGGGACAAUCUACCAAGAACUCUUCUUAUGUACUACACAAACUUUGUUUCUUCUCCAGAGGGCUAUUUUCAGACUGUUAUAUGCAAUGAGCCAGAGUAUGCUAAGACUGCAGUUAACCAUGACUUGCACUACAUAGCUUGGGAUAUGCCUCCCAAACAACAUCCCCACACUCUCACAAUUAAUGACACCACCAAGAUGAUUACUAGCAAUGCGGCUUUUGCUCGAAAAUUCAAACAAGAUGACAUUGCACUUGAUAAGAUUGACAAGGAUUUGCUUAAUCGGAAUAAAGAAGGCUUUACCCCUGGUGGGUGGUGUGCAGGUAGUCCUAAAUGCUCCAAGGUUGGUAACCCAAAUAAGCUUAAACCAGGCCCUGGAGCUCAGAGACUUCAUCAGCUUGUAAGUAAGCUAGUUUUGGCAGCUAAGUACGGUCAGAAUCAAUGUACAUAAACUUCAUUAAAGAUUCUUACUUGAAGAUGGGAAAAAAAUAAUGAGGGAGGAGAGAAAGAAGGGGAAAGGAAAAUGGUUUUCUGAGAAUUUUGUUUUUCCAUAUUAGUUAUAUUUUAGUAUCAGAUUUUAACAUUAUUCUGAACAAAAUUAUGAUUGUCACGAUUUUUUAUUC